AAAUGAAAAUACAAAAUUAAAGUCAAAGAAUACUAAAUUUAAAUAAAGACAGAUGGUAUGAGCAAAAAUGGGACUUAUGCCUUAAUUUUACAAAAGUUCAACAAAAGUGACUAGAAAAAUUAAUUAUGUUGAAGGAAAAAUAGGAUCGGUGGCAAAUUCAUUCUCCAGAAGUUGAUGAAAAUUUCCAUGUAAUUUCCAAGUUUUGUCUAGUGAUAUAAUUGAGUGAGUUUCACUUCCAUAUCACAUGCUUCUUUGUCUGUAAGAUCCAUUGACUUGAUUUAGAAGACCUUGAAAUUUGCACCACAUGUUGACUCCACCUAGUAUUUGAACCCAUACACUAACAAAGGAUUAGCAUAUGCUCCUUCAGUAGAAACCUAAUUACUGUAUUAGCAAUCUAGCAUAAGAUAACCAACGAUUGCAGCAGCCAGCAGCCUCUUGCUACUGCUGAACCAAAUGAAGCAUUUUUCUUUCUUGUUUCCUAUGUUUUGGUAUACAUACCUUCUUCACCUGCUUCUCUUUAUUCAUUUAUUGUGUUUUGACUCAAACAGAACGAGUGCCUUUGCAUUGGAAAACCACACUGACCAUUUGGCAUUGCUCAAAUUCAAGGAAUCAAUAUCCAAAGAUCCAUUUGGAAUCUUGGUUUCUUGGAAUAGUUCAACACACUUCUGCCACUGGCAUGGAAUCACAUGCAGCCCCAUGCAUCAAAGAGUUACAGAGUUGAACCUAACAGGGUAUGAUUUGCAUGGAUCCAUAUCUCCCCAUGUUGGCAAUCUCUCUUCUCUGAGAAACCUCAACCUUGGAAACAACAAGUUCUUAGGAAAAAUCCCACAGGAGCUGGGUCAGUUGCUGCAAUUGCAGAAGCUCUUUCUCACCAAUAACUCCUUGGUAGGUGAAAUCCCUUCAAACUUGACAAGAUGCUCUUAUCUCAAAGGCUUAGAUUUGUAUGGCAAUAAUCUGACUGGCAAAAUACCUGUUGGAAUUGGCUCUCUUCAGAAGCUUCAACUGUUAAACGUUGGAAAAAACAGUUUAACAGGAGGAGUUCCACCAUUCCUAGGGAAUCUUUCAUCCCUAACUGCUCUCUCAGUGGCUUAUAAUAACUUGGUGGGAGAUGUUCCAAAAGAAAUAUGUCGCCUCAGAAAGUUGAAAAUAAUAGUACUGGAGGUCAACAAAUUGUCUGGUACAUUUCCUUCUUGUCUUUACAAUAUGUCAUCUCUUACUGUGAUUGCAGCUGCAAUGAAUCUCUUCAAUGGCUCUCUUCCACCCAAUAUGUUCCACAGCCUACUCAAUCUCCAGUUUUUUGCAAUUAGUAGGAAUCAACUCUCAGGUCCAAUUCCCACUUCCGUUGCAAAUGCUUCUACUCUUACAGUAUUUGAUAUCUUUCUGAACAAUUUCUCAGGACAAGUUCCAAGUCUAGGUAAGCUAAAAGAUCUUUGGUUCCUACAAUUGUCUAUAAACAAUCUAGGUGACAAUUCAACUAAUGAUUUAGAUUUUCUAAAAUCAUUGACAAAUUGUAGCAAAUUGCAAAUAUUAAAUAUAGCAGGGAAUAAUUUUGGGGGUAGUUUACCAAAUUUCUUGGGGAGUUUGUCAGCCCAACUCAGUCGGCUAUACCUUGGGGGCAAUCAUAUAUCAGGAAAAAUCCCUUCGGAAUUAGGAAAUCUAACAAACUUAACUCUUUUGACAAUGGAAUAUAACCAUUUUGAAGGGCUUAUUCCAACUACUUUUGGGAAGUUUCAGAAGAUACAAGUAUUAGACUUGAGUGGAAACCAGUUGUCAGGAAAUAUUCCAGCCUUCAUAGGCAACCUCAGUCACUUGUAUUAUUUGAGUUUAGCACAAAAUAUGUUAGGAGGACCUAUCCCACCCACAAUUGGAAACUGCCAAAAGUUACAAUCCCUGGACCUUUCGCAGAAUAACCUUAAAGGAACCAUACCUUCAGAGGUUUCUAGCCUUUCCUCAUUAAUAAACUUACUGGACUUGUCACAAAACUCACUGAGUGGAAGUCUACCUAGUGAAAUGGCCAAGUUAAAAUACAUAGAGAAGAUAAAUGUCUCAGAAAAUCAUCUGUCUGGUGGCAUUCCCGCAUCCAUUGGAGAUUGCAUAAGGUUGGAGUACCUUUAUUUACAAGGGAAUUCCUUCCAUGGAAUCAUACCGUCCUCUUUGGCUUCUCUCAAAGAUCUUCAAGGAGUGGACCUAUCACGGAACCGCUUGUCUGGAUCAAUUCCUAAAGGUUUGCAGAAUAUUGUUUUCCUAGAAUACUUCAAUGUGUCUUUCAACAACUUGGAAGGAGAGGUACCAACUGAAGGUGUCUUUGGAAAUGCAAGUGCGGCGGUGGUAACUGGAAACAAUUACCUUUGUGGAGGUAUUUCAAAGCUGCAUUUACCGACAUGCCCUGUCAAAGGUAACAAACAUGCAAAACACCAUAAUUUCAGGUUGAUAGCAGUGAUAGUUAGUGGGGUUGCUUUCAUUCUCAUACUGCUAUUUAUUCUAUCUAUCUACUGGAUGAGAAAAAGAAACAUGAAACCAUCAUCUCAUUCACCAACAACUGAUCAACUGCCUAUUGUUUCUUAUCAAAACCUACACAACGGAACUGAAGGGUUCUCAGCUAGAUAUCUGAUUGGAUCUGGAAAUUUUGGGUCUGUCUACAAAGGAACUCUAGAGUCAGAAGAUAGAGUUGUCGCCAUAAAGGUCCUAAAUCUUGAAAAGAAGGGAGCUCACAAGAGUUUCAUUGCUGAAUGUAAUGCUCUUAAAAAUAUAAGACAUCGAAAUCUGGUUAAGAUUGUAACAUGUUGUUCCAGUACAGACCACAAAGGACAAGAAUUUAAAGCUCUAGUUUUUGAAUACCUGAAAAAUGGAAGCUUAGAACAGUGGUUACAUCCAGUGACAGGAAGUGGAGAGCGUCCAGGAACACUGGACCUUGAUCAAAGGCUAAAUAUCAUCAUUGAUGUUGCUUGUGCAUUACAUUACCUUCAUGACGAAUGCGGGCAUUUGGUCCUCCAUUGUGAUUUAAAGCCGGGCAAUGUUCUUCUUGAUGAUGACAUGGUUGCUCAUGUGAGUGAUUUUGGCAUAGCAAGAAUUAUAUCAACCAUCAAUGGUACCUCUCAUAAGCAAACUAGUACUAUCGGAGUAAAGGGGACCGUUGGCUAUGCUCCUCCAGAGUACGGAAUGGGCUCUGAAGUGUCCACACAUGGCGACAUGUAUAGCUUCGGGAUUCUUGUGUUGGAAAUGCUUACCGGAAGAAGGCCCACAGAUGAAAUGUUCGAAGACGGUCAAAAUCUGCACAAGUUUGUUGAAAUUUCAUUUCCUGAUAAUUUGUCACAGAUUCUGGACCCAUCUCUUGCACCUACAGAUGUAGAAGCAGCAAUUGAAGACACAUCAGUUGAGAAAUGCUUAGCAUCACUGUUUAGGAUUGGACUAGCUUGUUCACUGGAAUCACCAAAAGAAAGAAUGAGUAUAGUGGAUGUCACUAGAGAGCUAAACAUGAUCAAAAAGGCAUUUCAUGAUGCUAAGAACCUAUGAAACACAACAUAACACAGAUUCAAUUUCAUCAUCAAAACCCUCAAAAUUAGCAACAUGAAGGAUUGAACUCAAUUCACCAUCAUUCAUUGAAAACCUACUUGGGCAGAACUAAAUUCACCAAUUAGUUCUCCUUACAUAGAGAUGAAGAUGUUGAUUUGGGUCCCGAGCAAAUUGAACUGGUUUGUCGCCGGCAGUAUCCUCCGGACGAUGGAUGGGCUAAGUUUAAUGUUGACGGCGGCGCCGCCGUGUCGGAGAAUCUCCUCAGUUGCGUUCUAUCCCGUACCCAUUGGGUGCUGGGCCAGGUCAGAUAACUAAUUUUCAUGCUGAGGUUGUUAAACCAAUAAAAAUAAAAAUGAAAGACCAUUUUAUUUUUAAAUUGAAUUAUUUUCUUCGAGUUGAGUAUGAUAAUUAUGGAUGACAA